AUCAGUCGCCAGCAAAGUUGGCAAGCGAACGCUUGUCUACGCCGGGUAAUACUCAUCUGUGCCCACUAACGCAAUAACAAAGAAAUCUGAUUGCCUAAGCAACAACAAAACGAAGCAUGGAUAAUCUCAACACAGAGUUCGAUAAAUAUACCAAAAUAUGGAGCGGUCCAAAGUCUGCGAAAUUCUUCGAUCCGGAUUGUUCGAUUGGCAAAGUGAUUUUCGCAUUUAUGCGCAAUAAUCCCGGAAAUAUAUGCCAGUUGUCAGAUACCGAAGGCACAGCUCUCACAAAUGGCGAGGCGAUUAGUUUUGGCAUUCGCUUGGCUCAGCACUUCAAGGCGAUGGGCCUCAAGCAAGACGAUGUGAUCGGCAUAGCUGGCGGCAAUACAACUUAUCUGCUGCCAGUGGUUUUGGGUUGCCUAUUGAAUUGUACACCCUUUCACGCAAUAAGCCCGCACCACGACGAGUCGACCAUCAAACAUCUAUUCUACAUUACGCGCCCGCGUCUGAUCUUCUGUGAUGGUGGCAUCUAUGAUCGCUUGAGCACAAUCAGCAGAAUAUUGAAAGCCAAUGUCUAUACGCUGAAGGAGCAUCGUAAGGAUUUGCCAAGAAUUGAAGAUUUGCUCGAACCCACAAAGGGCGAACAGUUUUAUGUCCCAGAAACUCUAAAUAUCGGCGGAGAUCAGACUGUAGCCGUAUUAUGCUCAUCAGGCACCACCGGUCUACCAAAAGGCGUCUGCAUUUCGAACUCUUCCUGCCUUUUCGAUUAUGGUUUUGUCUCCAGCAAGGACGUGCUGCUCUCGUUCAGCACUAUCGAUUGGUCUACGGGUUUAUUCAACAUGCUCUUCAGUUGUGGACACGGUGCCACGCGCAUUAUAGUCGAUAAACCUUACACACCAGAAUAUCUGCUGCAGCUCAUCGACAAGUAUAAGGUUACCAUUCUAACGCUGGCGCCACGCCACAUUGCCACACUCAUCAAGUCGCCACUUUUAUCCAAAGAGAAAUUGGCCAGUGUGCGUUUCCUCAGCAUUGGUGGUGGAAAUUGUUAUGUGCCGACAUUGCUAAAGAUGCAGGAAUACCUAACCAACGGUUACAUAUCCUAUGGUUAUGCGCUCACCGAAUGCGGUGGUGUUUCAGCCAACUUGGGCAUCACGAAACCAAGUUCCGUCGGCAAACUGGUGCCCGGUGUGAGGGUGAAAAUACUCGAUGAUGCUGGACGCAGUUUGGGCCAUAAUGAAACCGGCGAGAUUCUCGUGCAUAAUAACAAAGUUUGGAAUGGUUAUUAUGGCAAUCCGAAUGAGACAAAACGCAUGCAAGACUAUCAGGGUUGGUUCCAUACUGGCGAUUUGGGCUUCUUUGACAAUGAGAACUAUUUGUAUGUGUUGGAUCGAAAGAGGGAUAUACUGAAAUUCCACGGUAUGCAAUAUUGUCCACAUGAGAUUGAGCAGGUGGUUGCGGAGUUGCCAGAUGUUGUGGAGGUGUGUGUUUUUGGUCUAUGGAAUGAGGUGGAUGGUGAUGCUGCGGCUGCGGCAGUAGUCAAGAUACCAGGUAGCAAACUGUUGGAACAGGAUAUUGUGGAGUAUGUGGCCAAGCGUUUGGUUGUGAUGCAUAAGCAACUGCAUUGUGGUGUCUUCUUUCUGGAUGAACUGCCAAAAACUGGUAGUGGUAAAAUACUGCGGAACCAGGCACGCGACUUGGCGUUGGGAAAGAAGUGGGAAGUGCACAAAAAUGGGCACGCGUGAAGGCAUAGUGAAAUACAUAUAAUCGAUUUUAUAAGUGGAUAUUGUAAAUAUAAAGAGUGCUCGGAU